GGGCAAACAAAAUGGCGGACAAAAACAGUAGAAAAAAUUGAAAAUAUGCCUUCAUAAGUCACUCUACUUGGUGUUUUUAUAACAGAAUAUAUACAAUAAAUAACCGCCUAUAAUCUGUGUAUACUCACGCUCGAGAAAGUCUUCUAAAUAAUGCAUUUUCGUAAAAAAACGCCGUCCAAUUUUGUUUUCUUCUUUAUUCUGAAAGCGACGCCAUGUUGUUUUUGGCGGAUCUCCGCUGGUACCGUUGCACGUAGAUUCGGAACUUUGGACAGAAAAUCGAAAAAGCUGAAAAAACAUUAAAAGUUCUUUUGUGUGGAAAUUUUGCAGAAAAUUUAAAGACGAUCGCAUAUUUUUGUGUUAAUUUAGUAAGACUGGAGUAUGAGGGUUCUUUCUGCGUCGUUUAAACGCUCAUUUUGCAAAGGAAAAGCGGGAUUCGGGUCGGCAUUUCGUGCAGUCUCAGCGAGCUCGUCUUGCGCAGGGUAUGCGACGAACGCGAAGGUUUGUAAUUAUUCAAUAUAUCUCGCAAAAAUGCUUUAAAGAUUUUCUUGUUUUAUUAAGAAAUGAUUGACUAAUAGCGCUUUUGCAUAACACUUUAGCAGUACAAUAGUGCCAUACUGCCAUCCAAUCACGCUCCAGGGUUUUUAGGGCCCACUGACUCCAUUUCAAGUACAGUUGUCACGCAAAACUUCAUUUUAGUGGUAGUUCGUUUGACGUUUUCAAGGAUGGUUGGGUUGAGAUCAAACGUCAAGUUGACGUUUUGCGUGGCAACUUGAAUUUUGCUUGUGCAACAGUCAACAAAUGGCGGUCAAUUGGCAGUUUUCAGAAUGUUAUUAUUAUAUGUAGUAGUUUCGCAUUUGGUGGCAAGUGAAAACGAAGAGAGACAUAGUCUAAUUUAUUUGCUCAUUUGAGUAUUGACCCACCAUUUGUCGCUCUGUCUCAAAUUUGAAUUUCCAACCUGCAAACGGGUAAACUCUACCUUACAACAUUAGGGAAUGCAUUAGUUAGUCCCAAAAACACCAGUAUACUGUAUUUUACCACUUCCACAUGAAAUAUUGACACCACCCACCUUGUAUGUACCAUCACACAUACAUUGAACAAUAUUCCAUCUGAUUUCACUCAUUAUUACAGGAUGAUUUGAAGAGAACCGUCUUGUAUGACUUUCAUGUGAACCAAGGUGCUAAGAUGGUUCCCUUCUGUGGCUGGUCAAUGCCAGUUCAGUACAAAGAUGGUGUUCUCAAUUCUCACCAUCACACAAGAAGCCACACCUCGAUCUUUGAUGUCUCGCACAUGCUACAGUUCAAGUUACAUGGCAAAGAUCGUGUGAAAUGUCUUGAGAGUUUAGUUGUAGCCGAUAUUGAGGGUCUUAACGAGCAUCAGGGAAUGCUCUCUGUGUUUACUAACGAGCAAGGAGGGAUUAGAGAUGAUUUGAUAAUUAACAAAUUACCAAACGAACUUUAUGUUGUUUCUAAUGCUGGUUGUGCAGAUAAAGUCACACAACUUAUGAAGGUUAGCUAAUGAAGGGUAUGCUUUAUACAUCAAUAUAUGAUUUGGCCUAUCUGAACUAAGUGUGUUAAGAUUACAUGUUGAGAUCUGUUGAGAUUAGGGACAGAAUUAGGAUCAGAUUUGGUUUAAUUAAUAUUUCAGAUUUGGUUUAAUUAAUAAAGCAGAUGAUUUUACUCAUCAACGGGAGAGUGCUGGCACUUAAUGGGUUAAAGUCAGAUUAAGGAUUAGAUCCAGAUUGGGGUCAGGAUUAGAGGAAAGUCAGCCUCAGGGUUUGAUUAGAGCUAUGUUUAGGGAUAGGCCAGGGUCAGUGUAGAGUUUGGAUCAAGUUUAGGAUGUUUUAGUUAGGGUCAGAGUUGUGGUCAGGUGUAGCACUAGGGUUAAGUAUGGUCAGGUUUAGAAUUUGUUUUGCAAUCAGGAAUAUUCUGGUUUGGUUCAGAAAUCUGAUUUGUGUUCAUAUUUGAAGGAAAAAUGUGCAGCUGUGAAGGAAGAAAUGGAUGUUACACUAGAAAUACUGGAUUACAGAUCAUUAAUUGCACUUCAAGGUUUGAAAUAUACUUCACAAAGUAACUCCAGGAAACAUGGCUAGGAAACAUUCUUUGUUUGUCCAGCUCUUGCCUCAAAAGAGGGCUAUAGGAAGCAAUGUUUCCACGUGAUAGCACUUAUUUCAAAACUGGACGGUGACCCAGUAAAAUUUAUAACUUAAAUGUACCUGCAAAAAUGCAUCAUAUGCUAGGCUUUCAAAGCUAAAUAUUGUUAAAAAGUCAGGGCAUUUUAAUGAUGCAUGUGGUGAGCACAAAAGAAGUUGACUUGAAUCUCAGACAUUCUGCACUUAAAGGCCCGUUUACACGGGCGAUUUUUGCUGCGAUUUUAGUUGCGAUUUUCUCCUUUUGGAGGAUGUGAAGGAGUAGAUUACUUAAUGAUAUUGUUAUGAGAUUUCAUAACCAGGAACAUUUAUAACUGAUCUACUCCUUCACAUCCUCCAAAAGGAGAAAAUCGCAACUGAAAUCGCAGCAAAAAUCGGCCCGUGUAAAUGGGCCUCAAUAAAACCCUCUUUUCUUUGUUCGUGCAGGGCCUGAAGCAGUCCAAGCGCUGCAGGGAGGAAUGAAGGAGAAUCUCAAUGAUUUGUAUUUUAUGAAUGGUUUAACCACGGACGUUUUUGACAUUGCUGAUGUCCGCGUCACACGAUGCGGCUAUACUGGCGAGGAUGGAUUUGAGGUGACGAUGAGAACGUAACCCAUUCCCCCUGACUCCGACAAAUCACUGUAAAUUGGCUGUAUUUGUGCUAAAAAUGCAACAUCCAUCCAGCUGAUCGUCAAACUUAAGGCUGCUCUCCAGUCACGAAAUGGUCGGUUCAAUAUGUGUGUAUUGUAUUUUUGCUGGUUAAUUAAACCAACACACUACUAUUGUAUUUGUAUUUGUGUGUGUGUGUGUGUGUGUGUGUGUGUGUGUGUGUGUUGGUGUUAUGUACUCAGGUGAAUAUGAUGUAUGACACACACAAAAUAAUCAUAUCUUAGAAUACACUGAUAUCGAAGGAACUAGACUCAGUUCCGAAAUAUUAUCAACUCGAACCGACUUGAGCGCGUAGCUCAGUUGGCAGAGCAUUGGACUAGUAUCCCAAAGGUCGCGGGUUCCAUUCCCACCGUGGUCAAGCUAACUUUUCAGCUUUCCCGGUGUGGAUGCACACUCAGAGUAACAUAAAAAACAACACUGCUACUGCUUGAUUGGGUGAAACUAAAACAAUACACAUGUGACGAUGAACCGACCAAUUUUUGCAUAAACCAAGAUAAAAACAUAGAUAGUGAGGUAUAUUAUGUCUGCAUCAAGUUUCCUAACCUUAUUCUAUUGACUAUGAUCUAUCUCAACUACAGUUUAUAUUUAUUCUCAGUUAUCAGUCCAUAGUAAAGACGUUGAAAAACUAUGCGAGACACUGCUGAGCAGUAAGGUUGUGGACGUGCGUAUGGCAGGACUGGCUCCCAGGGAUAGUUUGAGAUUAGAGGCGGGCCUAUGUCUCUAUGGUAACGAUAUUGACGAAACCACGACACCUGUGGAAGCAACGUUACUGUGGACAAUCGGUAAGCAAUGGUAUCCUGACCAUAAAAGCCCUGUCUCCAGGUUUGUCCACCUUCGGGAAACAUGGCUAGGAAACAAUGUUUCCAGGUUUGCCCACUUUUGGGAAACAUGGCUAGGAAACAAUGUUUCCAGGUUUGUCCACCUUCGGGAAACAUAGCUAGGAAACAAUGUUUCCUGGUUUGUCCACCUUCGGGAAACAUAGCUAGGAAACAAUGUUUCCAGGUUUGUUCACCUUCGGGAAACAUGGCUAGGAAACAAUGUUUCCUGGUUUGUCCACCUUCGGGAAACAUGGCUAGGAAACAAUGUUUCCUGGUUUGUCCAUGCGCCUUCGGGAAACAUGGCUAGUCCUAGUUUGUCCACCUUCGGGAAACAUGGCUAGGAAACACGACUAGAAGACAAUGUUUAAGUAUGCCGAGCCAUCAACGAGCCGUCAUUUUUACGCAACCUUGGUUCUCCUCUAGGUAAAAGACGACGUGCUAAUGCAGACUUCCCAGGCGCUGAUAUUAUUCUAAAGCAGAUAUCGGAGAAACCUUCGCGAAAGAGAGUUGGCAUUAUCUCCAGUGGACCACCCGCAAGAGGUAGGUUUCACUAACCGUUACAGCAGAUGGUUUUCGACUUCACAAAUAUUGACAUUUAUAGGAGUAAGGAAACCCACCUAGUGAAGUAACACUCUUUCGUUUACGUUAUUUUUAGCGGGAGCUGCUAUUCUGGACGCCGAUGGCAAUGAAAUAGGUAAUGGUUUAACGAUUUUUUAUAAAUUUUACCUCAACUUGCCCGUUUCUAAUUCAAGUACCUUUUCUUAAUUUUUCAGGCAAAGUAACCAGCGGUUGUCCCUCGCCGUGUUUACCAAAACAGAACAUUGCUAUGGGUUAUGUCCAAACGAAACACGCAAAGAAUGGAAGCGCCUUACAACUGCAAGUACAUAAGAAACUGGUGCAAGCUACCGUCACUAAAAUGCCUUUUGUGCCCACAACGUAUUAUUUGCCUAAAAAGUCAUAAACUGUCCACUAUUAUGAGUAGUUUGGUCUAGGUUACAUAUAGGUUGGUUUAGGUGUUUAUAUAAUGCUACAUAACAUCACACAUGUGUGGUUCACUUAAAAAAGUAUUGACACUUAGGGAACGAGAAAAUGAUGACAAAAUCCCAUACGCUAAGUGAAUAGAUUCAAUACACACUAACAAUUUAGGCACUCUGAUAAAUUUCUUUCCUUUCUUUCUGAGUUGGCCACUUUAUGUGUUGCGUUGCUUCGCUUAAUGAAACCAUGAUAUGCCUUGCGAAAAGGUUUCCUUGAGCUAGUCAUGCCAGAUUUUGAACAAGAAAAAUUUUCCGGUGUUAAUUGCAACAAGAAUUUCUUUGUAGUAACAAGGACGUUUACUGGACUUGUCAGGGAUAACGUGCUUGCUUGCAGCCGAGAAUUUCAUUCAUUACUAUUAGGGGGUCAGCCGACACUUCUAUAGCACUGCAUAUAUCUAUACAUUAUACCUAAAAUGUCAAAAUUUAAAAGUAAAAAAAUAAUAACUCAAUAUAUGUAUUUUGUACAAUACCUCAAAAUUUAUUUUUAAUAAAUCUUCAUUCUUUCAUUUUGUGAUGUUAAAAUUUGUUCCACAUUGUUUGCAAGGUAAUUUCUUCAUUUUGUGAUGUAAAAAAUUGCUUUCACACUUCACAGAAACUCAGCUGACGACUUCAGGCAGCAGGUAGUUGUCAUUGAGCCUUUCUCGCCAACGUUGAAGUAACGUUUUCUCCAAAGAAAUUGCACGAGACGUAACUUCAAUUUUCCCCUGUUUCUUGUCCAGAUAAUGGACAGCAUCUGCAACAAGCUUGUCCAACUUCUCCUCUUCAGCCUCGUCCAAAGGGAUGUCUGUUUUCAACGGUGGAUUGAAUCUGAAGUAGACGUUCUUGGGUAGCAAGUCUUCAAGGAUUGUAUGCACAGCUGAAAGAGAAAUGGAAUAUUGUUAAAUCAAUGACGAGAAUUAAUCUG